UCUCACUCACUCUCUGCCCUGCACUACUUCGCCGCGUUCACCGCCUCCAUUUGAAGUUGGCUGGCCGCUCUGCUCCUCGCCGGAAAGAAAGCAGAAAAUAAAUAAUAAUAAUAAAAAAAUUAAGACAAAUAAAAAAAAUCCCAGGAUUUGUACCCGGCUGUAGGGCUGCACCACGACGAGCUCAAAAACAACGGAGCGUCGACAGAAAGGCAGGCAGUUAGUGCAGAAGCAGGCAUCAUGUCCACCCCCACAAACCCAGAGGUGAAGGAACUGAACCCUGUCGACUUUAUCCAGCUUCAGCAGUAUAUUGAAUACUGCAGCUUGAAGGUGAAAGACGUGCUGAGGGAAUUUGAUAAAGACGGCCGGCUGGCCCAGCACCGACAUGGAGAGUGCAUCAACGAGGAAGGCUUUCGGCAGUUUCUAAAGACCUACUUAGAAGUGGACUUCCCUCCGGAUCUCUGCCAGCGGCUUUUCCGCUCCUUCCAAAACUCUGAACCCACCCAGGAAGACGACACCAAGGAGGUGUUCCUCAAGGAUGUGUCGUGUUACUUCUCUCUGCUGGAAGACGGCCAACCCAGGGACAAACUGGAGUUUGCUUUCAGGCUUUAUGACAGAGAUGGCAACGGAGUCCUUGACAGCUCUGAAGUAGAUCGAAUUAUUGCUCAAAUGAUGCAUGCAGCAGAAUAUCUCGAUUGGGACGUGUCCGAACUCGAACCGGUGCUGAAGGACAUGAUGACGGCGAUAGACGCCGACAGCAGCGGCACGGUGUCUCUGGACGAGUGGGUGGAAGGAGGCAUGAACAACGUUCCCCUCCUCGUCUUGCUGGGUCUGAAGAUGACCCAAAAAGACGGGCAGCACCUUUGGAGGAUGAAAAACUUCAACAAGCCCGUUUACUGCAACGUGUGUCAAAGCAUGCUGCUGGGUUUGAGGAAACAGGGACUCUGCUGCACCUGCUGCAAAUACACAGUUCACGGGCGUUGCGCUAACAAGAACCCAGCUCCGUGCGCCAGGACGUACGUGAAGUCAAAGAAAGAAACAGGGGUUCCAGUGCAUGACUGGGUGAGUGGGAACUGUGACUCUAGAAAAUGUGACCGAUGCCAAAAGAAGAUCAAGAGCCUCCAAGGUUUAACAGGGAAACACUGCGUUUGGUGCCACACGAUGCGUCACGAUGAAUGUGCAGCCCUGGAGCCAACAGAGUGUACCUGUGGGACGCUCAGAGACCACAUCCUGCCUCCAUGGGCCAUAUAUCCUGUUAUAAAGGAGAGACCAAACAAUGUGAAAAAUGGCUGCUCAGCGUCGACGGAUGACGGCGACUUCAACAUUACUCCUGACGGACAAGUGCUCCAGAUCAGCCCUGUGCCAAACACUCAUCCUCUUCUGGUGUUCGUGAAUCCUAAAAGUGGUGGCAAGCAGGGAGAGAGAGUCCUGAGUAAAUUUCAGUAUUUACUGAAUCCGAGGCAGGUUUACAACCUUUCCAGUGGCGGCCCUGGAGCGGGAUUGAGUUUCUUCAGAAACCUGCAGGAUUACAGAAUCCUGGUUUGUGGUGGAGACGGCACAGUCGGAUGGAUCCUAGAUGCGAUAGACAAAGCCAAUCUGCUGAUGCGGCCUCCUGUUGCAGUGCUUCCUCUGGGCACAGGAAAUGACCUUGCGCGAUGUCUACGUUGGGGUGGAGGGUACGACGGCGAAGAUCUGGGUCGUAUUCUUAGAGACAUUGAGAACAGCUCCCUGGUUCAGAUGGACCGCUGGAGUGUGCAAGUUAUACCGGACGAGGUUCAGGAGAAGGGGGAUCCAGUGCCAUAUGAAAUCAUCAACAAUUACUUCUCAAUUGGAGUUGAUGCCUCCAUUGCACACAGAUUUCAUACAAUGAGGGAGAAGCAUCCUCAGAAAUUUAACAGCAGAAUGAAGAACAAGCUGUGGUAUUUCGAAUUCGCCACUUCAGAAACCAUCUCUGCUUCCUGCAAGAAACUCAGCGAAAGUUUAACGAUAGAGUGCUGUGGCACUCCUCUGGAUCUCAGUAAUCUAUCUUUGGAGGGGAUUGCUGUCCUGAACAUUCCCAGCAUGCACGGUGGCUCCAACCUGUGGGGCGAGACCAAAAAAGCAGAUAUUAAGGGACAAGCAAGUCAGGAAGAGUCGGAAGUGAUUAUCAAUCCGGACAUCCUGAAAGUGACUUCCCAAGACCUCAGUGACCGCCGGCUGGAGGUGGUUGGCCUGGAAGGAGCCAUGGAAAUGGGACAGAUAUACACGGGUCUUAAAAGCGCUGUGAGGCUCGCUAAAACUUCCCAGAUCACCAUCAGGACAAAGAAACCGUUGCCGAUGCAAAUAGAUGGAGAGCCAUGGAUGCAAUCCCCCUGCACGAUUCAUAUCACACACAAGAAUCAAGCGUGUAUGUUGGUGGCUCCUCCACCUAAACCAUCAGGCUUCUUCAAAUAAAACUGACCGUCUUAACGCAUGUUUACUGUGUAUUCAGGACUGACACUUUUUGAUAUAGAAUCAGUGUAUGAGGUAGUUGCAUUAUAACAAAGAAUAUAGGAUGUUUUUUUCCAGACAUCUUGUGUCUGUAACACACAUUUCAAGCAUGGCAUCAUAUGAAAACAGAUCGAAUGUUAAACUAUGUUUGCAUUGUGGCCAAAAGGAUUUUGACCAAAUUAUCUCAGUGUUAGUAAAACUCUCCGAUCCUGCUGUUUCGAAGCUUGACAUCAGGUGGGAGUGCUGCUCUUUAGAAACUUUAGGUAAGGUUAAAGUGGCUGUGAUCUUAAAUAGGAGAACUAUUUGGCUUUAUGUGCCUUUAUAAUCAUUUCUCUUUGGUUCUGAUUAGACAGAAGACUGAGGUUUUCUGUAUGUUUGCACUUGGAGGACUGACCAUGUAGUAUUCUUGUUUUGUUGUGGCUGUAAAUAUUGCUCUGAAAGCUAAAUGUAUGUUUAGAAACAAAGGUGGAGAAAGAAGCACCUUUAUUUCAAAUUUAGGCUGAUAUUUUAGCUUUUUUUUAUUAUUAUUUUCAAAAAUAUACUUGAAAACUGUUUAAGGGAAUGGAAAACAAGCGGCCUGCUGUUCCCCUCUGUGUUUUCCAAGUUUUUUUUUACCCUUAUGUGGACCAAACUUAGUUUUUCUGAGUUUGAUUAAAUCAGAGAGCUACUCCUUAGUGAUCAUAUUAUCAAUACAUAUUCUCUGAAUGUGUUAUGAGUUAGACAAUUGAUUGGGGCUAUUUAUUACAGUAUAUGUAUUUCGAUGCUUUAUCAGCUGUAUCAUUUCAGUAUAGCCAGAGAAUGUAAAAGUAAUAACUUCAUGUAAAGAUUUUAAUAAAUUGUCUAGGAUUCAGUUUGUGUUGUGCUCAUUUAAAACACAUUUAACAGAACAUCAUGUAAUGGAUUCAUUUUACCUCAAGGGGGCAGAAUUUAUCUUCCAAAACUUGUAUUAACUCCAUGUUUAAUAUAAAAUAUAUAUAUGCAUGUGCUAAUAAGCUGCUGAUUUGUUGUGUGCAUUGAUUUCUUUUGUGAUUCGAUUCCCAGUAAAACACAAAGAUCGAUACAGAAUUGGUGCCUUGAAAAAUCAUUUAUAUCCCUUGAACUUUUCCACUGUUUGGUUAAAAUCACAAACUUCAGUUAAUUAGUUAUUUGGUUUUUAUGCUUUUGACCAACCCAUGCAAGAACAAUCAUUGUAAAGUGUAAAGAAAGGAUUGUUGAAUUAAAAUGUGUAUUAAAAAUACAUGGCUUUCACUUGUUUUUGCAAAUAAAAAUGUGAAAAAUGUG